CUUCACUCAGGCAGGUCCAAACUACACUCUUUUUUCGCGUCGACUCACAGCCAGUCUGUGGCUCUGUCAUUCCCUUCAACUUUGCUUCACUUCUUCAGUAAGCCUUCAGCGUCUGCCGCCAGACUCACUACAUACCACACUGCCUUCCGUUUUCGUCUCCUGGUGAGACUCAACCAAACAACUAAAACACACACAUUCUCUGCCAAAGCACGCAACAACAUGAUCGCUCGUUUCGUCGGCGCGGCAUUGGCCGCUCUGUCAACCGUCACCGCAACGCCUGUGGACUACGCUUCCUUGGACUACCACGGCCUCUACUUCAGACAGGAGUGGAUAAACCAGCCCCUCGCGCUGGCGCGCCUCGACCCCAUCGUCCAGCCGGGCGUCAUCAGCAGCCACAUGCACUCGUUCAUUGGCGCCAACGCCAUCGCUCCGACCAUGGACUUCGAGCAGACCCAGUCGGCCAACUGCAGCCAGGUCUACGUCAAGCCCGACAAGAGCCUCUACUGGAUGCCGCCGCUCUUCUUCCAGGACCCUACCAACCGCUCCUUCACCCUGGUCCCCGAGCACCACCGCGUGCUCUACUACUUCAACCGAGCCACCAACGCGAAGACCGGCAAGUCCGACCCCUCCAUCAUCGAGGGCUUCCCCGAGGGCUUCCGCAUGAUCGCCGGCGACGCAAUGCUGCGCGCGCCCGCAGCCACUCAGCAGCAGCAAGCCGCCAUCGAGUGGUUCUGCCACGGGCCAGACACGAAGUCGUCGGGCUUCCCGGCGAACUUCACAGCCUGCCCGAACGGGCUCGCCGGCUCCGUGCACUUCCCCUACUGCUGGAACGGCGCCGACUUCGACGUCGAGCACCCUACCGCCCACAUGUCGUACCCGGUCGCCGACGCGCAGGGUAACGGCGCCCCCGACUCGGGCGCCUGCCCCGCUUCCCAUCCCCGCGUCUUGCCCCACCUCUUCAUCGAGUUCUGGUUCGACGUCACGGGCUUCGACGGGCUGUACGGCGCGGGCGACGCCCCGUUCGUGCUCGCCAAUGGCGACCCCACCGGCUACUCAUUUCAUGCGGACUUCCUGAAUGGCUGGGAGCCGGGCGUGCUCGAGAAGGCCAUGAAGACGUGCAAUAUUGGCGAGAGCGGCGAUCCGCUGUCCGACUGCUUCGAGGUGUGGACGAACGAGGAGCGCGACGCGUGCGUUCAGUCGCCGCUUGUGGAUGAGGAGGUGCGUGGGUGGCUGGACAGGCUGCCGGGUUGCAAUCCGGUGCAGCGUGGCCCGGCGCGCGCGACUGCGCCUGCGGACUGCGUCGAGACGGCGUCGAUUAUCGGCGGUAGUGCGUCUGCUUCUGCUUCUAAGACGGCUGCUGCUGCUUCCUCCAAGUCUGCCACCGCGUCCAAGGCCGCUACCGCUAUCGUCACAGUCACGUCCACAGUCACCGAGACAGCCACAGUCUUCAAGACCGUCACGAUCCCCGCAUCUAGCGUUUCCGCAACUUACGCCUAGAGCAGCACCCGCGCUUGGUCUUGGUCGAAGAAAGCGCUUUUUUGUACAUGUAUUUAGAGGUUGCGUACUGAUGUUAAGGUCAGUUUCGAUAGAAUUUUAGAAGGCUUGCUGCGAUUGUAUAGCGUUUCGUAAUGAGAUG